AUAAGCUCCGGUUUCUCUGCACCCUCAUAAUAAUGGCUGUAUCUUCUUCGUCGUGGUCAGAGUUUCUUCCGGAGCUUCUCAAUGCUGUAUUCCACAACCUAAACGACGCCAGAGACAUUCUAAACUGUGCCACCGUCUGUUCUUCUUGGAAGGAUUCUUCUUCUGCCGUAUACUACAGUAACAAGUUUGCUCCUUUUCUGUUUGUUUCCCAUCUCUCUUCCAAUGAAGAUAUCCGAUUCUUCGAUCAAUUUAGAGUUUUGUCGCCGGGAAAGUUGGGUUUCUCAGGGAACCAACAACCGUGGGUGUGUGGCAGUACACUAGGGUUUUUGUUGACGGUCAAUGCUUCUUUCCCGUUUGAGGUUCAUUUAAGAAAUCCGUUUACCAAAAGCGUUACUUCUCUGCCACCUUUGAUAUCUUUUGAGGAUGUUCAGCGGUUGCUUCAGUCUCAAGCAAUCUUUCCAGACUCUGAAGCCUUAAAGAACUUUGUAAAGAAAGCAGUCUCUUCAACACGUUUAUUAGACGAUGAAUGGGUUGUGCUCGUAAUAUACAACACUGAUAGAAAACUAGCGUUCUGCAGACGCGGAGAUAAACAAUGGACAGAUUUGGAAUCUGUUGCCUCUGCUGUCGAUGAUAUUGUGUUCUGCAAUGGCGUCUUCUUCGCCAUCGACAGAUUCGGAGAGAUAUAUCACUGUGAGCUUAGUCCUAACAGUCCAAAAGCUAUUCCUUUGUGCAGCUCCUCACCGUUUCGGUACGACUCUUGCAAGAAAUACUUUGCAGAGUCGGAUUAUGACGAACUUUGGGUGGUUCUAAAGAAGCUGGAGCUUAACGACGAUUGUGAUUUCACAACCUCUUUCGAGAUUUACGAAUUCAAUCGCGAGACUAAUGAAUGGACAAAGGUGAUAAGCUUGAGAGGAAAAGCUUUGUUCUUGAGCCCUCAAGGUAGAUGUAUAGCCGUUUUAGCAGGUGAAAGAGGAUCUAGAGAAUUCUUCAAAGACAACUCAGUUUAUUUCAUUGAUGGUGAUGAUUCAAGUAUAGGAGGACUAGGGCCUCAGAAUCUGAGCGUUUUUGAAUGGGAGAGUAAGCAAACCAUGAAAAUUUACCAACCAAGAUCUUGGAAUUGUCAGAUGGUUUGGGUCAUACCUACAGAUGUUCUUCAGUGAUGAACGAAGGAUGUAUUGUAGAAUUUGUAGUUUGCAUAGUAAAAGUUUUGUAUUCCA